UAGUACUUCUGAAUUACUGCUAGCAGUCAGUGGUAACAGUCGGGGUACUUGUAUGUUGCCGUGCUGUUCUGUGUAACUUUCUGACCGUUAACGAGAGCUCAGUUUGUCGCACUCGCUGUGAUGGAACUGGACAAAAUGGACGAGAACGACUGGAAGUACCACGGAGAGGGAAACAAGAGCCUGGUGGUGUCUCACGUACAGCUUUCUCGAGUUUUACGCCUGCUCAAAUAUCCUGCAGAAGACUCUGAAAACCCCCCACAGACGGUGGAGCAGGCCUUCAGGCAGAUUCAGAACAUCGUUGACUUCAGCUCCAACGUGAUGAGCAGUCUGCUGGGAGAAAACUUUGUGCACAGUGGGGAAGUGGUCAAACUGCCGCUGGAGUUUGUACGACAGCUGUCCAUCAAGGUUCAGCAUCAAAGACCAGCCUGGCGCUGUGAUAAGGUGAUGGACAUCUACAGCGGCUGUGCUCUUUGUUUACCGAACCUGACCUCUCCAGUCCUUCUCCACCAGCCCACUCACACUCCUCCACUCUGCAUUGAGAUCAAGCCUAAAUGUGGCUUCCUGCCGUCCUCCAAACACGUGAGCAGGGACAUCAAGACCAAAGUGUGCCGUUUCUGCAUGCACCAACACUACAAGGUGGCCAAUGGGAAGUGGAAAAGACGCAGUUUGUACUGUCCUCUGGACCUGUUCUCAGGGAACAGACAGAGGAUGCACUUCGCCAUCAGACACCUGAUAGAAGAACCUCAAAACAACUUUAAAAUCUUCAAGGGCGGUCAGUGUAUUUACAGCAGUAAGGAGGGCAGCGAUGACUCCAUGGACCUGAACUCUCUACUGCAUCACCUCAGACCGUACUUUCUCUACGGAAACAACAGAAUCAACAGUCACAUGACCAACAAAGCCGUCCUCAAUGACUUCAUCCAGGUCCUGGUAAAUGCCCUGCUAAGUGGAGGAGGAGGAGACGGAGGGAUGGUGACUGACAGACGAGGAGAGGGGCGGAGCUUCUGUGAAGCAAGUCAUUUUAGCAAGGAGAGGAUUCGCCACGGCUCUCAAGGUUUACCCAGCGACAGUGUUUUAUACAGGAUCCUUCAGACUCAGAUGUUGGACACGUUGGACAUCGAAGGUCUUCAUCCUCUGUACCGCCGUGUGGAGCAGCACCUGCAGGAGUUCCCCAAAGAAAGGACUCGACUCCAGAUAGAUGGGCCGUACAACGAGGCGUUCCUGGAGAAACUGCAGAAAUGUCCAAACGAGGAUGACGGCUCCGUGGAGUACGCUGUUGCCAAGGUACAUCAGUAUCGCGUCUCCAUGACAGCCAAGGACUGCUCCGUCAUGGUUGCCUUGGUGCCCAGCAGUGAGGAAGAGGAGGAUGAUGAAAGUCAGAGACAUCUCAGGGACUUCCUCUCCUCCAGACCUCCUGCUUUCUCCUACUCCGUCUCCAUCUUGGAUCUGGACCCGAAGCCGUUCGACAGCAUCCCUCGCCAGCUUCGCCUGGACCAGAAGAUCGUCUCUUGUUACCUGAAGACUGGAGGUUCCUUACUGAGAGUCCCUCUGUCACAGCUCCCUGGUAUCUUCACAGCUGCGGAGAGAGAGGACUGCACGCUGCUGUUUCAUCCUGUGUGAACGCCCUGAGGACUGAGAGACGCAACGCUGAAGCCUCAACUGAGAGGAGGGACGCCGUGUUGAUGCAGAGGUCUAAAAUCAAGUUAAAAUAGAGCUGUUUAUCCAAAACUUUAUCACAGCACUUACUCUUCACUCCGCUCAUGCUGACAGCUUCCAGCUCAGGCUGAUCAGCAAAAUAAACAUCUCCAGGAAGUCGUUACUAAAUCACCAGACUUAAACGAUUUCUAGUUUUUCUGUUACUGGUUCUUGAGUUUUUGUGUCAGGAAGUGAAUCCCAACAACACGAGUGAUCGUAUUUAUUAGAAAACUCACUCUGCUCUACCCUCUGGUGGCAAGAGGUGGGAUUCACCUCCUCAUAGAUCUUUUGUGGUUAUUUUGGCUGCUAAGAGGCACAAAGAAGAAAAAAAGAGAGAAUUGUUGGGCUGUGAUGUACACAUGAUGUCAUUUCCUGAAUUUAGUCAGGGCCUCAGGUAAAGUCUGGAAGGAGGUGAAGCCAAGGAGUCACUAGUUACCACAGCUUCAGAAAGAGAGGAGGGAAGAAACAUGGCCGCUCUCUGUGAUAACUGCAAAUAUUUUUGAUCCUGGGCCCAGUUGUUCAAAAGGAAUAUGAUUGGAUUAAAGAUAUCAGAAAGGAUUAAACCUUGAAAACAGAUACUUUGGGGGCAAAAAGAUGCAAUUAAAUAGGAUCAGGCGACCCAGCCUCGAUUUUAUUAAGCCACAACUUCUGGUGGUUUAAAAUGAACCCACCGUGAAAGAGAAAAACACACCUUGUGUUAAAAUGCCAGUUUUUACAGUAGAAGUAAGCAUAUUUACAUCCUGAUUCAAACAUGAUAUUGACUGGAUUAGUUCACGUCUCCAUAGGCACAUGCUGUAGAGGAAGGAAUAAAGAAGGAUACAAGUCAUGCAUAAUUACUAGUUAUGCUGAUGCAACUAAAAACAAGCGUGUAGUAGCUGUUUGUCAGGAGGUCUAUGACUGCUGUCUGUUUAUAGGUUGACUGAAAGUUAGUUUGAGGCAUUUCCAAUGUAGAAACCAUAGAUAGGCUUUAAAAGAAUGCUACAGUAACCACAUGGUGACGUUACUCAGACAUCUCUCAAUACUUUAUACCAGCAGUUCUCAACUGGUCUUACCUCAGGACCCACCACCACCACCUUAAAAGAGAAAUAAUUUCAGAAAUUAUUUAACCAUUUUGAAGAAAAAGUUUGUUGAUCUACAGCUAGAAAAAAAAAAACAUGACUGAAACUAAGAGUUAAAUGAUAUUGUUUUUUGGGGAUGAGAAACAGCACAGAGCAACACUGUAGGAAACCAGAAGUAAUGCUGUGUCAGUGCCACCCAGGCCUCAGUGCUGAUUGGCUGGUAGUUUUGCAACAUCAAGCCAGUCAGGAAGUAUUGUGGGCGGAACAUUAAGUGAGACUGCUGACUUAAAACAACGCCAGAGGGGAAGUCAUGUCUUGGUGGAGUAGCACACUUUAAUGAAUUAUUAAAUUUUUUUUUUAAUCUUUUUUUUUUGUUUGGUCAAAAAAAACAAAAAAAACAAAUACCAAUAAUUGGAUAAAUGCCAAAUAACAGCAUCAAUAAUCGGCCAGGCUAAUAAUCCGUCUAUCCCUAAUUUAAAUAACCAAAAUUUACUCAUUAAGCCAGUAAAACUGAGUUAAGUAAAAUACAAUAAUGAAUGUCUGCGACUGCAUAGGGUAAAAACAAAAUCAUAGCCUUUCUGCCACAGUUUCUUUUCUUGAUGCACAGAUUAAUAACUGAAAAUGGCUCUGCGAACCACUUUUGGGUCCAGACCCAUCAGUUGAGAACCACUGCUUUACAGUCUAUGGUUUUUGUAAGGUUCCACUUUGAGUCCAAAACUUUUGAAUAGGAUUUGGAGAACUUUGAUUAAAUUCUGGCAUUAAACUCAGAUUUUUCCCAGCAGAGGGCUGAAUCCAGGCUGGAAUACAGAAAUAAAGUAGAAUUAACAUUUGUUAAAAUAUAAAAAGGUCUUGGAAUACACAACAUUUUAAUACAUUUUUAUCACACUGUAAAUAGAUGAAUUGCUGUGACAUAGUAACGGAUGUAAACAAUACGAGUUGUAAAAAAACAUCCUUAUCUCCUUUAAAUGUUCAUUACCUCCGCCAAGGAGGUUAUGUGAUCGGCAGAUUUUUUUUUUAGUUUGUUUGUUUGUUAGUUUGUUAGCAACAUAACUCAAAAAGUUAUGGACAGAUUUUGAUGAAAUUUUCAGGAACUGUCAGUCUCUGAAAAAACACAAUGAUCUGUAAUACUUGAUCUAGGAAAAAAAGGACUUUCAAAUUCAAAUCAAAUUCAGAUUUAACAUUUUGAACACUUGGGCCCAGGAUGUUUGAGUUCUCAUCUGGAGGUUUUCUGUCCAGUGCAUCAUGCUGAAUAAUUCAGAACUCUAAUACAGUUAAAUAUUGGUGUUUGUUUGGAAAACCUCUGUGAAGGUUUGAGCUGAAGGUUUGACAGCGAUCAAAGCCCUGCGUUACUUUAUACUCCAGUUCAGCUGUCAGAAAGAAAUGGACAUGUUCUCCUAUCGAGCAGUUUGCAACAAUAUUGAAGGUCAAAUAAUUUAUAUUUCCCAUUUUUUUUCCUAAUUAAAGGAUCGGUUCACCCAAAUGCAAAAACAUGUUGGUUUUGAAACAGUGAGAUUUGUGUCUUCUCUUCAAACCCCCCCAAAUUUUUAAUUUAUUAAUUUAAACUUAAAAGGAGAACAUCAAUAUUACAUGAAUAUACCUCAUUCUUAAAGGUAUAAUAUGCAACAUUCUAAAUAUAUACCAUAUCUAAAUAUUAAAGAGUUAGGCCUUUCAGCUUAAGUUUAUGUUUUGUUCUGACAAAUUUCAGGAACUUUCAUGGGAAAUCCUAACUGUUCAAUCAUGAGCCCUGUCACCAUGUGGGGGAAGAGAGGCAGCCCUGCCUUUAAGGGACACUGAUAGUAGAGUCGUCAUGGUGGAGUUUUGCUGCAUGAGCACAAUUUAAGAAGUCGUAGCACAGUUUUCAAAUAGAGGAUAAAAACAACUUUGGUCUGAAAUACUUCAGAGAGGCGUCGAUGAUUUAGCCAAGCUGGCGGCCACAUUCAGGUCUGAUCUGUGGCCCUUCUCCAAAGUGUCAACCCCAUCUUCUCUCUCUGAUUUCCUCCGCUACAAGCUGUCUUUUCCUCUACAAACAGAGGCAGAAGGCCCAUAAAUAAAUAUUCAACUUCAAAGAAAUAAAUACCAAAUCAAUUUGGGACUGCCUGUCCAAAUGGAGAUCAGUUGUAGAAAUGGCCACAGUCAGUGUGAACACUACUUGAGGAAGUCAGGAGGAGAGGAAGCAGUGCACUGGAGGAUGACUGUUUUGCUUCGAGGGACCUCUAGUGGAUGGACAUGUACUUUAAAGUUGCAUAUCAUACCUUUAACAAAAAAUCAAAACCAAAAACACCAUGAUAUGAAACUACAUUACUACACAGCAUGAACUGAGGUUUAGGGGAGAAAAUUACAAAAAAUGAAAAAGGCACAUAACCAAGUGUGCUGACAACAAAGUGUGAAUGUCUUUCACCUUAUUUAGAGUCGAGUAUGUCCCUAAAAUCUUGAUGCCUACAGCAUUACAAAA